ACUACAGGUGGCUACAGCAGUGUAGUGACAGUGCAGUCUGAUAUGUCCUAUUGGCAGCAAAAGAUAAGCAUAUUAUAAAUGUCAUGGAACAUUUGAAAGUCUUCCAGUAGAAGCGGAGAGUCGGAAUUAAUCGACGAAACGAUUUGUCAUCCGGUGUUUCAUCCAACAUUUCAAAAUGUCUUCUGAGGGUCCACCCCAGUCACCUGCUGUGGCAAAGUCCGAAGUAGCGAUAGAUGGAGAAUGCCCACUGCUGGCUGCCACCUUUGCCUACUGGGACAAUAUCCUCGGACCACGUGUGCAUCAUAUCUGGGCACCAAAGUGCGAUCAAGGAAUGUUCCUCAGCGAUGGAGAUGUGACUUUUUUGGCCAAUCACACACUCAAUGGCGAGAUUCUGCGGAGCGCCGAGUGCGGAGCCGUGGAUGUGAAGUUUUUUGUCUUAGCGGAGAAAGGUGUCAUCAUUGUGUCGCUCAUCUUCGAUGGUGAACUAAAGGGGGACAAGAACACCUGCGCCUUGUCCAUUAUUUUACCUCAGACCGAGCUGGCCUUUUAUUUACCUUUACACACCAUCUGCGUGGAGAGGCUAAAACAUGCUAUUCGCAAGGGACGCAUUUGGAUGCAGAAGGGCUACAACAUCAACGCGGUGCUGAGCUUGGAGAUUGUCCCGAUUAUGGCGCUGCUCGCUUCCAUGAAGACACACAGUGUGCCUGAAGACAUAGACAUAAAAGACACAGUACUAAAUGAUGAUGACAUCGGAGACAGCUGCCAUGAGGAUUUCCUCCACAAGUCCAUCAGCUCUCAUUUCCAGACUUGUGGCUGUUCGGUAGUGGUGGGAAGCAACCCGGAGAAAGUCAACAAGAUGGUGCGGACGCUCUGCCUCUUCCUUACCGCUGCUGAGAAGAAAUGUUCUCGCCUUUGUAGGGCGGACUCAUCCUUCAAAUAUGACACAGGCCUCUUUGUUCAGGGCCUGCUUAAGGACUCAACUGGUAGCUUCGUACUGCCCUUCCGUCAAGUCCUCUACUCCCCUUACCCAACCACGCACAUCGACGUCGACAUCAACACGGUCAAGCAAAUGCCACCCUGUCACGAGCACACGUACAACCAGCGCCGCUAUAUGCGGUCUGAGCUCAACACUCUAUGGAAGACUGACAGUGAAGAGGACAUACCUCCCGACACCGUCAUUCCCACCGAUGACACUUUCACCCCUGACUUGAAUAUAUUUCAAGAUGUCAUGCAUAAAGAUACUUUGGUCAAGUCGUUUAUAGAUGAGGUGUUCAUGCUGAAGCCUGGGCUGUCCCUGCGGAGUGCCUACCUGGCUCAGUUCCUACUGCUGCUCCACAGGAAGGCGCUCACACUGCUGAAGUACAUCGAGGACGAAACGCAAAAGGGGAAGAAGCCUUUCCAGUCGUUGCGCAACUUAAAGAACGACCUGAAUCUGACGGUGGAAGGAGACUUGAACAUUGUCAUGGCCUUCGCCGAGAAGCUGAGGGCAGGCUUGCACUCCUUUGUGUUUGGAAAGUCCUUCUAUACCAGCAUGCAGGAGCGAGACAUACUCAUGAACUUCUGAUUCUCCAUCAGGGGUGUCCAAAAAAAUAUGGCUUGGAGCUUGUUUAUUAUUGGCAUGUUGUAAAAUGAAUUCAUUAUUAGUGGAAUAUGGUAUUAAUGAGGGCGGCACGGGGGUCGAGUGGUUAGCGAGGAGACCAGGGUUCAAUUCCACCCUCGGCCAUCUCUGUGUGGGGUUUGCAUGUUCUCCCCGUGCAUGCGUGGGUUUUCUCCGGUUUCCUCCCACAUUCCAAAAACAUGCUAGGUUAAUUAGCGACUCCAAAUUGUCCAUAGGUAUGAAUGUGAGUGUGAAUGGUUGUUUGUCUAUAUGUGUCCUGUGAUUGGCUGGCCACCAGUCCAGAGUGUACCCCGCCUCUCGCAGAAGAAGACAGCCGGUGACGACCCUCGUGAGGAUAAGCGGUAGAAAAUGAAUGAACAUUAUUCCAACAGUAAAAUAUGGUGGUGGUAGUGUGAUGGUCUGGGACUGUUUUGCUGCAUCAGGACCUGGAAGACUCACUGUGAUAAAUGGAACCAUGAAUUAUUGUUAAUAUGCAAAUAUGGGCUGCACGGUGAUCGAGUGGUUAGCACGCAGACCUCACAGUUAGGAGACCCGAGUUCAAUUCCACCCUCGGCCAUCUCUGUGUGGAGUUUGCAUGUUCUCCCCGUGCAUGCGUGGGUUUUCUCCGGGUACUCCGGUUUCCUCCCACAUUCCAAAAACAUGCUAGGUUAAUUAGCGACUCCAAAUUGUCCAUAGGUAUGAAUGUGAGUGUGAAUGGUUGUUUGUCUAUAUGUGCCCGGUGAUUGGCUGGCCACCAGUCCAGGGGUGUACCCCGCCUCUUACCCGAAGACAGCUGGGAUAGGCUCCAGCUGUAGAAAAUGAAUGAAUGUUAUUAAUGAAAUAUGUCUGAUGGGCUGCACGGCGGACAAGUGGUUGGCACACCAGGAGACCCGAGUUCGAUUCCACCCUCGGCCAUCUUUGUGUGGAGUUUGCAUGCGUGGGUUUUCUCCGGGUACUCCGGUUUCCUCCCACAUUCCAAAAACAUUCAUUCAUUUUCUACCGCUUAUCCUCACGAGAGUCACAGGGGUUGCUGGAGUCUAUCCCAGCUGUCUUCGGGCGUGAGGCGAGGUACACCUUGGACUGGGCACAUCACCAAUCACAGGGCACAU